AUGUCUGGACCCAAGCAACAUAAUGUCAAUCUUUCUGUCCCUCAGAAUCACGAGGCGAAGACGAACUUUGAAGAUGCUGCAAAUGACACAGAUGAUCCUUCUGUGAGGUCUUCGAUAGACAGCAGAGGAUCGUGGUCACACAACCACGGAAAGGGCUUCGACAGUCUGCCAGACCCAGAUUCGUUUCGAAGAUUCUCAGCCAGUCCGUUCCAGCACGGGAGGGCGUCGCCAUUACCAGGAGGAUCGGAAUAUCCAUCGACAAUACCACAGGCGCCUCAGAACCGGGGGAGACUAUGGCGGUUAUGGAGUACGAACAAGGGUGUUGUGUUGGUGGCUCUCUCACAGCUGUUUGGGGCUCUCAUGAAUCUGACGGCACGGUUGCUCGAGCUUGAGGGGGAGGGCAUGCACCCGCUACAAGUUCUCUUCGCCCGCCAAAGUGUCACGAUGGUCUGCUGCUGCGUCUACAUGUAUUGCAUGAAGAUACCAGACUUUCCGUUUGGAAAGAAGGAGAUUAGAUGGCUACUUGUGGCCAGAGGAGUGAGCGGGUUCUUUGGCAUCUUCGGUAUGUGGUACUCGAUGAUGUAUUUGCCCCUCGCCGAAGCAACCGUGAUUACUUUCUUGGCCCCCAGCGUCGCCGGCUACGUCUGCUACCUCGCUCUACGCGAGCCCUUCACCCGCUCCGAGCAGAUAGGCACAAUUGUAGCUUUCUUUGGGGUCGUACUUAUUGCACAUCCGGCAUCACUCUUCACCGGCGACUCGACUUCUUCUGCCGCCGCCACCGCGCCAGAGCACCAGAACUCGACGACGAACAGCACCAUGUCAUCAACACUACCGGGCUUGAACCACCAGGCCACGACUGCGGAGCGUCUGACGGCCAUUGGCGUCGCAAUAGUCGGAGUCUUCGGAGCCGCCGGAGCUUUCACGACGAUUAGAUGGAUUGGCAAGCGCGCGCACCCGCUCAUAUCAGUCAACUACUUUGCCACGUGGUGUACUGUCGUGUGCACCAUCGUUCUUACAGCCGCACCGCUGCUCGAGCUUGGGCAGCCGGCCUUGAGAUUCGCGCUGCCACAGACAGCGCGUCAAUGGCUAUUCUUGUUGUUGUUGGGCGUGUUUGGGUUCAUCAUGCAGUUCCUCCUGACUGCUGGGCUGGGUACAGACAGAUCGAACAGGGCCAACGCUAUGGUUUACACGCAUAUGCUCUUCGCGGCCGGGUUCGACAGGUUCAUUUUCGGCAACGUCAUGGGAUGGGUGAGCCUAGCGGGCUGCGGAUUGAUUAUUGGGAGCGCGCUGUGGGUUGUUCUCACGAAGAGGCCGCCACAACCAAAAAAAGAAAAUGCUGCGGAUGUGGAGGUUGCGAAUGUGAGGGAUACAGAGGCCGUCCCCAUGUUGGCGGAUAUGGACGGUGGAAGGGACGAGGACUUUGAACUUCAAAGGGUUCACUAG